CUUCCUGUUGCCUAGUGACCGUCGACCAAUGGGAAGCCUCCAAUCGAGCGCGGACAAAUGGUUGAGUCGCUUCGCUCGCAAUGGAGACAUUUGUGUGUGUGUGUUUUUAACUUAACAUUUAUCCUUCGUCUUUAGAGUUUCAACUCCACGACAAUGAGCGCGCCCAGGAGUGAACUGCUGCUGGACAGAAACAAGCGCAAGAAGAGGAAGGAACUCAGCGAGGAGCAGAAACUCGAAAUAAGAGAAGCCUUCGAGUUGUUUGACACGGACAAAGAUAACGCGAUUGACUACCACGAGUUGAAGGUAGCGAUGCGUGCGCUGGGCUUCGAGGUGAAGAAGUUGGACGUAAUGCAGAUUUUGAAAGACUAUGACAGAGAAGAAAACGGCAAAAUCAGCUUUGAGGACUUCAAUGAAGUAGUCAUGGAGCUCAUCCUGGAUCGAGACCCCAAGGAGGAGAUCAUGAAGGCCUUCCGGCUCUUUGACGACGACGAGUCGGGGGCGAUCAGUCUGAGGAACCUCAGGCGAGUGGCGAGGGAGCUCGGCGAGAACACCAGCGAAGAAGAACUACGCAGCAUGAUCGACGUCUUUGACACGGACGGGGAUGGCGAAAUAAACCAGGAAGAGUUCAUGUCCAUCAUGAGCGAAGACUCACCCUGAAGAGUCUGGACUACAUUUGUUUGUCCAGCAAGCAUCACAAAGUCCUCCAGUGGGACGUGAACUUGACAUGAUGACAGGAUCAUCAUCAGUGACUUCACUGGAAACAAC